AUGUCUUGUUGUGGAAAAAGUGAACAAACACAAAAUGCACAAAACCCAAAGGUAAUUCCUGUAAUUGAUUCAAAUAAACCAGCUGAAUCACAAUAUCAAUAUGUAUUUAAAUAUGUUAUUGUUGGAGAAGUUGCAGUAGGCAAGUCAUGUCUUCUUCUUCAAUUCCAAGAUAAAAGAUUCCAACCAAUUCAUGACUUGACUAUUGGUGUUGAAUUUGGAACAAAAACUAUUCCAAUUCAAGGUCAAUCAGUAAAACUUCAAAUAUGGGAUACUGCAGGAUCUGAAAAGUUCAGAUCUAUCACUAGAAGUUAUUAUAGAGGAGCAUCUGGUGCUUUAUUAGUGUAUGAUAUUUCAAGAAAAGAGUCAUUUGAAAAAAUUCCAAUUUGGUUAGAAGAAUGUAGAAAAUACAGUAAUCCAAAUACCACCAUUAUGCUUGUUGGUAAUAAAUGUGAUCUUCCUGAUAGACAAGUUACAAAAGAAGAAGGUGAGGCAUUUGCUAAAGAAAAUGGACUAUUAUUCUUAGAAGCAUCUGCACGUGAUGCUACUAAUGUUGACAAUUGUUUCUUACAAACUGCUGAAGUUAUCUUUGAAAAUGUCAAGAAUGGUAAAGUUACUCUUGACAAUGGUGAUGGGAGAUAA